AUGGUCGCUGAAUCAUCAACCUCUAUCGACACGCUCCUCGCAUCCCUGCAGGAUCCCGAUACUUCUGCCGAGGGCGAAGCCAGACGCGACGCCUUUGCACAGUUUGUAUCGGAAGCAUUUGCAAAGGGAAACAUGAUGGCCCUGCCAGCUGGUGUGCCUGCGCACAACGGUGUGAAUGGCACAAACGGAGCCGAACAGGUUGCAUCUCCUCCGGCUGCCCCCACUGCGCUCUCUCCUCCAACCCUGCCUAAUGGUCACUCUGCAUCGCGUCGAGCUUCAAGUGCUUCAGCUUCAGCCAAUUCUGCACUUGUCGCACCGAUGGAGAGGGCAUCGCAGGCUGGCUCACCAGCCCAAUCCUCCCCGCUCGUGCAGCACAAGUCACCUCCGGUGCAGCAAGCUGCCCUCAACCAAAGUUCUCAUCAGCCUUCUCAGACGCCCAACGGGUUUCAGCACCAACCAUCCCAAGGGCCUCCACAGCAGGUUCAAGUUCAUGGGCACGCUUCACCACAAGCUCAGGCACAGUCGACAAACGCUGCUCAAGAGACAAACGAAUAUCAGCAGUUGCUUCAGCUCAUUAACAACUCACCCGCAACCGCCGUCCGUCAGGCUAUUAGAGAUAAAUGGGACAAGGCCUUGUUGGGUUCACAGUACCACAUCGCUUUCCUAUUGAAUGCAACAAUGCAUCAGGCUAGCCCUGAAACCCUCUCUCGGGCUGUCCGAGGUUUCGGUCAGAACCUGGUGCAAACUUCAAAGCGAGAGAUAAUGGAGCAUCUCAGCCCAGAUGACUUUGAUGAGCUCGUGGAUCUGAUACUGCCUCGCGUUAGUAAUCAGUUCCUCGACAAGGCACUUGCGAGACGCCUAGAGACGAUACCGGCACGACACCUCGUGAAUGCGUUGGCACGGGCUGAGCGACUGGGGUACGAUGUGCAGGAUAUCGUCCAAGAGCAAAACGGCGAGCAUGUCAUUCCAUCACUGCACUCAAUCUCCUUGCCCCCUGGUUCACAGCCAGUUCCAACAAUGGUUUUGAGGCAGUAUCAGCCGACGCCACCUCUCCCGCAACAGCCGCCACAGGCAAUGCAGCAGGCUCAACCAAUGCUGCCUAUGACUGUGCCCCAGGCCAUCCCACAUCCUCCAGGUGUCGUUUAUUGCCAAUGUGGCUGGCCUUGCACCUCGAAGGAAGCUCUUGACUAUCACCUGAAGAAACGAGCCUGCGACAAGGUCAGACCUGAGGAUCAGGCUGGCAGAGACAUCUGCCUGCAUUGCGGAUGUAGGUUUGGCAGCGGCGGUGGCCUGUUAUACCAUGAGAAAUCCAACGUCUGCGGGACAUACAAUUCCGAGACUGGAGAACAGAUGCGGAACCUGAUCGCUGCGUUCCGCCAGCAAUCAGGUUCUGGGCAGCAUACACCUGCUGCUCCAACUCCACCUCCUCAGGUGAGGAACGUGGUCAUGAGCCAGCCACCACCCCAAUCAACUCCAAAUGUUGCAUCUCGAUCGAACUGGACGGCCUCCCCACAACCCUCGCAACAGCCACCAAGCGGUACGCCAGGUCGUGAUCCAUAUGCACAUCUCACGGAACAGAAACGAAUCGAGUUUGAGACCAAAAUGCGAGAGGCUGAAGAGCGAUAUGGAAAGAUGAUGAGGGAUGCCAUGGAGUUGCCGGAAGCCGAGAGGGGAGUUCGCCUGGCAAGUCUCAAAAACAGCUACAAUACCAAGAUGAGCACGACACGCAAGAAGUAUGGCAUUCGGCUCCGCGAGAGGCGAACUAAAGAACAGAUCGCGGCCGAGCAAGCUCGAAUCAUGGCCCCAUCAAGCAACAGCGCUACGCCAACUCGUGAUAGCGAGUCUCGUCCGAACAAGAGACCGAGAACUGAUACUGAGGAACCAGCGGCUACUGGAGGACCCAACGGUCAACAGGACAGUCCCCGCAAGAGAGUUCCUGUAUCAGAAAUGGGUGGGCUGUCGGGGUCACAGGCGACGGCUGAGCUCACUGAUCCGACAACCCACCUAAACCCAACGCAGCCUCGAUAUGUGCCUCCAAAGUCGUUGACUGGCACCGGCAGACCGCAGUCCAAGAUGAGUGAGACACCGGAUCCCGCCCGACAAGGGACCAGUGCAUCCCUAGUGGGCACCCAAGCAGAUCCCAUGUCGAUCGAUGAUGAUUCGGACAGCGACAGUGACAGCGACAGUGAUGACGACGAUAUCCCGGCCACCCUUCCCUAA